AUGAAGUUCAAGCAGAAGCAGAGUGAGGAACAGGCAGAACCUGAUGGCACCGAGGGUGAGGGGGACAUCACUCUAGAAAACGUUCAUCACAUGAUCGUGUAUAUCAUAACUGAAUCAAAUACAAUUAAUCAGGUAGUGAUUAAUCUUUGUCAUACAGAACAGGUAUUAACAAAAGAAAAGUUGUAAUGUAAUAAAUUGAUGGUUGUCUCCUCUGUUUGUAAAGCAUUGUUAUGUGUUCGCCAUACAGAAGCUGAUAAAGCAGCAUACCUGAUGGGCUUCAACUCUGCUGACCUGCUCAAAAAUCUCUGCUAUCCCAGAGUAAAGGUUGGGAAUGAGUACGUCACCAAAGGACAAAGCGUUCAGCAAGUAAGGCAACAAGACAUGGACAAUACGUGUCUUUAGACUAAGCAAUGGUCAACUAAGAGGAUAUUUUCUAUACAUUAUAGGUGUAUAACUCCAUUGGAGCCCUUGCCAAAUCAGUCUAUGAGAAGAUGUUCUUUUGGAUGGUCUUAAGGAUCAACCAACAACUGGAUACAAAGCAGUCCAGACAACAUUUAAUUGGUGUUCUGGAUAUUGCUGGAUUUGAGAUCUUUGAAGUAUGGUUCCAACAUAUUGAUAUCUUUCAUUACUAAUGUUUUGUGAAAUGAUACAAGCAUACAUUGAUCCUCAAGCAUUCAUUUUCAUGCUACUUUCAUAUUCCCUCAGUACAACACAUUGGAACAGCUCUGCAUCAACUUCACUAAUGAGAAACUGCAACAGUUUUUCAAUCACCACAUGUUUGUGUUGGAACAAGAGGAAUACAAGAAGGAAGGGAUUGAGUGGGAGUUCAUUGACUUUGGAAUGGACUUGGCUGCCUGCAUUGAGCUUAUUGAGAAGGUACUGUCAAAAACCAUAUACCUUGAUUGAAUAAUGUUGAAUGCCCUGCAUUUGACCAGUUCUUCUGCAUUUGACCAGUUCUUCUCAGUAAUUAAUCAUCUCUUGUCGACCAGCCAAUUGGCAUCUUCUCCAUCCUUGAAGAGGAGUGUAUGUUCCCUAAGUCAACAGACACUUCUUUCAAGAACAAACUCUACGACCAGCAUCUUGGAAAGAACCAAGCUUUCCAAAAGCCAAAGAUUGUCAAAGGCAAACCUGAGGCCCACUUCACCCUGGUGCACUAUGCUGGUAAUGUGGACUACAGUCUCACUGGCUGGCUAGACAAGAACAAGGACCCAUUGAACGAGUGUGUUCUGCAGCUGUACCAGAAGUAAUCUGUCAAAAUACUGUGUAUGCUUUAUGCAACCUUCUCUCCAACAGAUGGUAACCAUGCAUUUAAAGUUUAUAUUACCUGAUCAAAUUAGAUCAACUGACCAUGAAGGUAAUCUUUAUUAAUCUCCCAUAGCUAAAAUAACAUGCCAUGCAUUAUUUAUCAUUAUUUCAACAUCGUUUCUUCAGAGCCUGCGGCAGGUGGUGCGGCCAAGAAAAUUGCUAAGAAGAAGGGAGCAUCGUUCCAAACAGUUUCCGCUCUGUUCAGGGUAAGGUGUUGAUCUAUGUGCGGUGCUGCAUAGACAAAAGAAGACACACUUCUCUCCCCACAUGAGCUAUUGUAUAUAGCCUAUAUACCUAUACUUCCUGAUACAUUUUUGUGUCACAUUUUUUCAGGAGAACCUUGGCAAGCUCAUGACAAACUUGAGAACAACCCAUCCUCACUUUGUGCAGUGUUUGAUUCCAAAUGAGACCAAAACACCAGGUACUCAGGAUAAUCUGCUUGAUUUCAACCACAGAAGGUUUUACUGCCUUGAGAUACUGCUAAAUGUCAUUUUAUGCUUUCAUCAUAGGUGCCAUGGAAAACCAAUUGGUUAUCCACCAGCUACGCUGCAACGGUGUGUUGGAGGGUAUCAGAAUCUGCAGGAAGGGAUUCCCAAGUAGAAUCCUUUAUGGGGACUUCAAGCAGAGGUAAAUUGAGAGACACAUGUUAGAGUAAUGGAGUUAAAAAUGUGCCUUAAGCUCACUCCACAGCUAGCUUGAAAUGUUGCCGAUGGAGCUAUCCAAUUGGUACCUUUUGUAUAGCUCAAACGGUUGGUAAGUUGUCAAGGAAGGCGGCUGUAUGUGAGCAGAGGAUCACUGGUUCGAGCUCGGUAUGGGGAUAGGGACAGUGGAAGAAGCUAAACUGUUAGCAGCACACUGACGUCGGUUUCAUUAGGGACUACUUAGUAUACUGUAUCUAGUGUAUUCAGUACUAAUGCUUGGUCUCAUGUGUUUCAGGUACAGGAUCCUGAAUGCCAGUGCUAUCCCAGAGGGACAGUUCAUGGACAACAAGAAGGCUGUGGAGAAACUGCUAGGCUCCAUUGAUGUGGAUCAUACUCAGUACAAGUUUGGCCACACCAAGGUGCACUUUUCACACUGUAUACAAAUCCACACUGUAAUAGUAAUGCACAAACACUAUAUUGAUAGUAAACCAAACUCCACUUUUUCAGGUGUUUUUUAAAGCUGGUCUCCUGGGUGCUCUGGAGGGAGGAGAGAUGAGCGCCUAGCCCAUGUUGUGAGAUCCACUCAGGCACUGUGUCGUGGAUACGUUGUCAGACUGGAGUACCAGAAGAGGAUGGCCAGAAAAUAAGGCAACACGGGUCUAUUGCAAUCUCACAGCCUAAACUCUGGGAUAUCAUAUAAGUCCAUUUUUAAUGAAAACUAACAGAAUAAUCUUGAUUUUACUUUGAUAGGGAGUCCAUUUACACCGUUCAUUCAUGAUCGUGAAACACUGGCCAUGGAUGAAGCUAUAUUUCAAACUCAAGCCUCUUCUGAAGAGUGCAGAAUCUGAAAAAGAGACGGCCCAAAUGAAGGUCGACUUCACUAAGUGCAAGGAGGAUCUGGCCAAAUCAGAAAGCAGGAGAAAGGAGCUUGAGGAGAAGAUAGUCUCCAUUGUCCAAGAGAAGAAUGACCCUCUCCUUCAAGUUCAGGGUGUAAGUAUUCCCAAAUUAGGUUAAUAAAUAGUGAAAUACAUCUGCAACUAACAUUAUAACACUUUAGUAGUUGUUAUUAUAUCAACAAAAUGUUAUUAUUUCUGACUAAUUAGGAAUCAGAUAAUCUGCUGGAUGCUGAAGAGAGAUGUGAGGGCCUAAUCAAAAGCAAGAUCCAGAUGGAACAAAAACUUAAGGAGGUAACAGAAAGACUGGAGGAUGAGGAGGAAGUGAAUGCUGAGCUGACUGCAAAGAAGAGGAAGCUGGAGGAUGAGUGCUCUGAGCUCAAGAAAGACAUGGAUGACUUAGAGCUCACCUUAGCCAAAGUGGAGAAGGAGAAACAUGCCAUAGAGAACAAGGUAAUCCACCUACUCCCAUUAGGCUUUCUCAGGGUUCAAACCAUUUAAACAGUUUCACAACACUUCAUAAUUAUUUCAGGUGAAAAAUCUUACGGAAGAGAUCAUGUCCCAAGAUGAGAAUGUUGCUAAACUGACCAAAGAGAAGAAAGCCCUCCAAGAGGCCCACCAACAAACACUGGAUGACCUGCAAUCAGAGGAGGACAAAGUCAACACUCUGAACAAAGCCAAAUCCAAGCUGGAACAGCAAGUUGAUGAUGUGAGUUAGUUUAUUAAAUGAACACAGGUGUGAUGAUGUGUGAAACGUAAAAUAAGGUACAUUUUAUUUGUAUGUAGCUUGAAGGUUCCCUGGAACAAGAGAAGAAGGUUCGUAUGGACCUCGAGAGCCAAGAGAAAGCUGGAGGGUGACCUGAAGCUGUCUCAGGAGACCUUAAUGGACCUGGAGAAUGAGAAGCAGCAGCUGGAUGAGAAGCUCAAGAAGUAUGAUGACUUUUUCCCUCAAACACAUGCACAAAACAGGAUUAAACCUUAAACAUAACACACAAAAUCCCCCUAUAACUAAAACUACACCAAUAUUGUAUGAACCUCACAGUACUUUGACAUUGUCUAAUGUUGCAUUGAGUAGGAAAGACUUUGAGGGGUCACAGCUGCUGGGUAAGGUUGAGGAGGAACAGUCUCUUUCUGCACAACUUCAGAAGAAUAUCAAAGAGCUUCAGGUGAAGAAAAUCUUACUGUAUUUGUCUAAUGGCUUAAUUAACUUAUAGAUAAAUGCACCAUGGGUGUGCUAGGAUAUAUAUACAUUAUACAAAGAGGAAGUGUUACCAACAUUUAUUUUACUGUAAACUGAACAUAGUUUGUCAACCUGUAGGCUCGUAUUGAGGAACUUGAGGAGGAAACUGAGGCUGAUUGUGCUGUUCUGGCCAAGGUAGAGAAGCAGAGGGCUAACCUCUCCAGGGAAAUUGAGGAGAUCAGUGAGAGACUUGAGGAGGCUGGUGGAGCCACUGCUACUCAGGUUGAGAUGAACAAGAGGCGUGAGGCUGAGUUUCAGAAGCUGCGUCUAGACCUGGAGGAGUCCUCGCUACAGCAUGACGCUACCUCUGCUACUCUGCGUAGAAAACAUGCAGACAGUGUGGCAGAACUGGGAGAGCAGAUUGACAACCUCCAAAGAGUUAAGCAGAAAUUCGAAAAAUAUAAAAGUGAGCUAAAACUGGAGGUGGAUGACCUGUCAAGCAACAUGGAGGCUAUUGCUAAAGCAAAGGUAAGUUAACAAAUAUUUGUUAACUUUUGGUUUUGAAAUAUAUAUUGAAAUAGCUACAGUUUUUAUUAUUUGUGAAAUGCGAUUUUGUAGAUCAAUUUGGAAAAACUGUGCCGUUCUCUUGAAGAUCAUCUGAGUGAAGUGAAUACUAAAGAGGAAGAGCAUCAGAGAUUAAUCAAUGACCUUUCAAGCCAGAAGGCUCGACUGCAGACAGAAAAUUGUGAAAACUUCACGUCCAAGUCAAAGCCAAUGUUCACAUUUACAUAUUUCUGAACUUCUAUUUGGAUCAUUUUCAGGGGAGAUGUCACGACAGCUUGAGGAGAAGGAUUCCUUAAUGUCACACCUAACUCGCAGGAAACAAGCCUAUGUCCAACAAAUAGAAGAGCUGAAAAGGCAGAAUGAGGAGGAUGUUAAGGUCAACAUAAUAUAUGCUACUAAAAUGUUAUGUUUGUGAAGAAAAAGCCCAUGACAUUUCCUUUCCAUAUCAGGCUAAGAAUGCCCUGGCACAUGGUUUACAAUCAACCUGCCAUGACUGUGACCUGCUCCGGGAGCAGUAUGAGGAGGAGCAGGAGUCCAAGGCUGAGCUGCAGAGGAGCAUGUCCAAGGCCAACAGUGAGGUAGCUCUGUGGAGAACCAAGUAUGAGACUGAUGCCACCCAGCGCACUGAGGAACUUGAAGAGGCCAAGUAAGAUCCAACAAAACGGAUCUAUUUUGUCCACGUGAUCGCUUCAACCAAUGGGAAAGGUAUUAUGGAAUUUCAUGUUUACCACUACAGGAAGAAGCUAGCCCUACGUCUUCAGGAAGCAGAGGAAGCUGUUGAGGCAAACAACUCCAAGUGCUCCUCAUUGGAGAAGACCAAGCAGAGGCUGCAGGGGGAGGUGGAGGAUCUGAUGAUGGAUGUUGAGAGAGCCAACUCUGCUGCUGCCACUCUGGACAAGAAGCAAAUAAACUUUGAUAAGGUACAAGAUGGCAUACCUACUAUUUUAGAAAUACAUGUUUAUGAUGCUUUACCAUGUGUUUAUUUAUAUGACAAAUAUAGCCUGUCUAAGUAAUAUUUCGUAAUUUGUAGAUCCUGGCAGAGUGGAAGCAGAAAUUUGAGGAGAGUCAGGCAGAGCUGGAGGCAUCCUUGAACGCUCAACUGCGAAAACAAAAACAUGCAACGUAUGUCAAGGAUCUUUAUUUAGUAAAUGCUCUCAUUCCACACACAAUCUUUAAGUAUAGAAACAUUAUAUAGAAACAAUUAAGCUUACUGAGAAAUGUUUUUUUUCUUCUAGAGGAAAUUAUGGAUCUCACUGAAAAGCUAGGGGAAACAGGAAAAACCAUUCAUGAGCUUGAAAAGUCAAAGAAACAGUCUGAACAGGAGAAGACAGAGGUUCAGACUGCCCUGGAGGAGGCAGAGGUGAUAGUAAAACUUGUAAAGAUGGUACCUCAUAUUUAUCCCGAUUUCCAACUAUAAUAUCUUCCUGUCUAUUCUGACUAUACAUUAACUCCCAUUCAGGCAUCUAUAGAGCAUGACGAAUCUAAGAUCCUCUGUGCCCAGCUGGAGUUGAACCAGGUGAAGUCUGAGGUGGACAGAAAGAUUUCUGAAAAGGAUGAGGAGAUUGACCAGUUGAAGAGAAACAGCCAGAGAGUUAUUGAUUCCAUGCAGACCAAUCUGGACGCUGAGGUCAGGAGCAGGAAUGAUGCCCUGAGAGUUAAGAAGAAGAUGGAGGGAGACCUCAAUGAGAUGGAGAUUCAGCUAAGCCAUGCUAAUAGGCAGGCCAGUGAGUCACAAAAACAAAUGAGAUAUAUCCAAGUUCAGCUCAAGGUUAGCUGAUGGAAACAAACAUACAUGAAAUAUACUGUUUGUUUUGCAGUUAUAGGAGAAACUUCACCAUUUCCAUUUACUUUGAUCAAUUCAUUCCCCCGUAGGAAGCACAACUCCACCUUGAUGAUGCUAUUAGAGGACACGAUGAUACGAAGGAGCAGGUUGCCAUGUCUGAGCGCAGGAGCAACCUGUUGCAGGCUGAAAUUGAUGAGAUGAGGGGUACUCUGGAGCAGACUGAGAGAUGCCGUAAAACAGCUGAGCAAGAACUAGUGGGUGCUAGCGAGAGAGUGCAGCUACUGCACUCACAGGUACAGUACUCAACUUUCUUAAUCACCUCAGCCCUAAAGCAACAACUAAUUUAAUCUAAAAAUACAAAAUGUCCCCAUGGUGAUUUGCUGAAUUACAUAUUUUACAGAAUACAAGCCUGAUCAACAGUCGCAAGAAACUUGAGGCUGAUCUCGCCUCAAUUCAGAUUGAGAUGGAAGACAGUAUUCAGGAGGCCAGAAACGCUGAGGAGAAGGCCAAAAAGGCUAUCACUGAUGUACGUUUAUGUUCCGCCUUAUUUACUGUAAGUGUCCCUUUUAUGGUUAUCAAUGUGCUAAACUGUUUUUAUUUUAUUUUGUUCAGGCUGCCAUGAUGGCAGAGGAGCUGAAGAAUUAG